GUGAAAAACUCUUUAAUACAUAUAAUUGUUUGAGCGAAAUAGAAAAAUGUUAGAACUAAGCUUUAAGUAUUUAGUAAACCUUCUAUCAUCGCUGUUAAAAUAAAAAUCAAGAUUUAAAGCAACAAAACUAUUUAGAGAGGAUAAAAACAAACAUGAAUGCUGCUUUACAUAAAAUUGACAAUUCAGUAGACACCUCGAUACAGCCUAAUAUAUUAUUGUCGUCGCAUUCAAAAAAAAUAAGUACUCCAACGCGAACUACAGCUUCGGCACUAUCUCCCACUCAGUUGGCAUCAGUACCGAAUACUGUAGUUGCUUCUGUAUGCAAUACUUCGGGUCAUAAAAACAGCUUAAAAGGUACAAAGCUAGCAAGAAGAGCUCGCUCCUUUAAAGACGAUUUAUUUGAAAAAAUAUCCCUUAUACGAACUCCAACAAAUACUUUGGGGAGAUCUCAUUCUCCACAUAGUCCGGGAAAUAAGAAUGCGAUAAAACUUCAACAUAGUGCAGAAGAAAUGGCUAAAUCAUCACAAUCUUUAGAAACUUACGUAAAAGAUAUAUCUAAUGCUCUUAAACAUUUCAAAGAUGUUAUCUUAAAAAAAAAAUUAGAAGUACUCCCCGGAAAUGGUACUGUGAUUUUGGAUACAAUUGCAAGCAUGUAUUCCGUUAUCCAGUCGUAUAUGUUAAACGAGAAUAGCACAUUGCUUCUGUCAGCAACACAACAAGUUUAUCAAUGUCUUGGAAAAUUGAUAAAAUUUUGUGAUGAAGUCAUGCUCAGUGAUGAAGAUGACGAAUGUGUUUCUCUUAGUAAUGAGAAUGUUCGAGACGUUGUUGAUUUGUUAGAGGAUGCGGUGAAGAAUCUUGUGUCAUUAGCUCAACAGAAACUAAAAGAAAAAGAGCAUAACUCGUUUGAUCUCGCAUCUUCUUCGCAGGAAAAAGCAAUAAUUAAUACUGCAAAUAACAGUUUAAUGCGUCCGCCAAUUGAGCUGGCUGGAAGAACAUCUCUACCUGACAUAACAUUAACACCAAAAGAGCGUGAUAUUUUGGAAAAAACUAACUCAAAUCCAAUUCGGGCAUCGCAUAGUACAGAAAGUAUUCUAAGAGAUACAAGUCCUCCACCAAAACCACCGCUUCCAAAUAGGUCUGAUAAUCCGCCUCCAAUACCACCAAAAAGACGCAGCCAACAACAACAAAAAAAUCGAAUUUCAAACAACAUCAGCAUUAAUUCAAAUUUGGAUUGUGGUUCAGACAUCUCCAUACUAAAUGUUGGUGUUGAUCAUUUAUCUGUCCGAUCGAGAUCUCCCGAUGAAAAUUCUAGUCAAUGCUCACUUGAUUCUGCUUUAAACCAGUCCCGAGAGGAAGAAGAGUUAAAAAUACUAGGUUUAGAGAAUAGUUUGGAUGAACAAAUUUUUGAAGAGGAUGUUGAAAAAAUAUUGACAUAUAAUGAAUCAAUGAAAGGAAGUCAAACAUUCAAAAACGAGGAAAACAAACAAAAUGUUUUUGUUAUGGAAGAUGGUAGUGGUAAUAUUAGUGUCAACAAUUGUGCUGCUUCGGUAGCUGCAGGAAUACAUAACGUUGCCCUUGCAACAAUGUUGACUGGCAACUGCAAUACAAAUAAACUGGAAAUGCAAAAUUCCCUGAAUAAUCGGCAUUCAAAUGAAUCGGGUUUCGCUUCGGUAAGGUCAUUUGGAACAUCUUCAUACAGCGUAUCGAAAAGAUCCUCUGAUUAUAGUUUUGAAUCAUCAACUAAAUCAAGUAGUUCGGAAAUCGCUUUUGGUACUGGAGAAGCUUUUGGUGGCAAUGAAAUUUUGUUUCAACAAAAGUUGUAUGUUUCGGAGGCGACUGCUGGUUCAAUAAGUUCAGAAAAGUCGAAUGCGGAAUUUACAGAUAAAAUUUUAAAUACAGCAUUAAUAUCUAAAGUUGAUGAUAAUCAAUUUAUUAGUCAUGCUAAUAGAGUCAGUUCAGAACAUAUUGAAAGUGAUAAAUAUUUAUUCAAUCAAAUGGGUUUACUAAACAAAACAAACAGUCUUGACAUAUCUUCUUCUGGCUUAGCGUCUUUAAUUGACAUUACAAAGCCAGCAUUGCCUCCUAAAUUAGCUAGAAACAAAGAACAGAUGGCUUUACAUUCAGAAAACUUUGAGGAAACUGAUGAUUCAAUCAGUGGUAAUUUACAUGAAGCACCAGAAUUGCGCCAACAUAAUAAACUUCACCAACAACAGAUUUACCAAUGGCAAUCAAAGCACCAAAGUCUUAUUGAACCUAGAACUUCUGGAGGAGUUUCAGGAAAUUAUGAUGCAUCUGGAUCAGUUGGUAAUCUGACAGAGCCUCCUCCCCUUCCUAUUAAAAAAAAGCACAUGUUUCAAAGUGUGGCAUUUUCGGUCUUGGCUUAUAUGGAAAUAUGUUCUGCAUCUACACGUGCUUUCGAACAACAUCGCCAUACAGUGCAUUCGUAUAAUUUAAAUAGGAAUAUUACGCACAGUCAAACAAUGAAUAUUGUAGCUUCUACCAAAGAUUUAAAAUCGCCAGAUAGUGGAACACCACCAGCUUUGCCACCAAAAAAUUACAAACAGCGAAAACAAAUUUCUAAUCCGCCUACUAUUAUUACCACACCUCCUCAGAGUCCAAAGCCUUUAAAUUUAGAGAGCUGUAAUGAAGCAGUACGAUAUGGCCGUGUUUUACAUAAUGUACACGGCAAUGAACAAAUGUCUACAGUUUGUGAGGAAAUUUUUGAUCUGAAUGGAGAUGAUCAGUUUAAUGUAGUGUCGCCACAUAAUUUGAUAAAAGAAGAAGAUAAAAAUGAAAUAAAUGUUGACAAAAGAACGAAGUUCCAAAGUAUGAAAAAUAAAAAAAGUAUGGAAGAAUUUACAUCCGAUCUAACUAAUGAUGAAGAUGAAGGAAUUGAUGUUGUAUCAGGCAAGCAAAGUAAAAAGAUUUUUGGCUUGACAAAUACACUUUCGAAUCAAAAUCUCCCAAAUAUGUUGGAAGAAAUAGAUAUUACGCCGUUUAUAAUAUUUAAAAAGGAAAGCGAGGAUGGUCCCGAAGUAAAAGGCGGCUAUAUAGAUGCUUUAAUUGUUCAUGCAAGUAGGGUGCAGAAAAACUCUGAUAAUGCUUUCAGUGAAGCAUUCAUAACUACGUUUCGAACAUUUAUUCUACCUGUUGAUGUUAUUGAGAAACUUACACAUCGAUACACCUUUUUUUUUUGUCAAUUAAGUGAUCAAAAACAAAAAGCCGCCAAAGAAACAUUCUCCUUAUUAGUUCGAGUUGUAAAUGAUUUAACGUCGAACGAUUUAACAAAUCAACUACUCAGUUUAUUGGUGGAAUUUGUGUAUCAAUUGGUUUGCUCUGGCCAAUUAUAUCAAGCGAAGUUAUUACGAAACAAGAUUGUUGAAAAGGUUACAAUUUACAAGGAACAAAAAAUGCCAGUUUAUCAAGAUGAAAUGCAUUACACUGUGACAAAUCAACCUAGUUUGCUUGAUUUGAAGUCUAGUGAUAUAGCUGAGCAAAUGACUCUGCUUGACGCUAACCUUUUUCAAAAAAUUGAAAUUCCUGAAGUAUUGUUAUUUGCCAAAGAACAAUGUGAAGAGAAAUCUCCUAAUUUAAAUAAAUUCACUGAACAUUUUAAUAAAAUGUCAUAUUGGGCGCGAUCAAAAAUAUUGAUGUUAUCUGAUGCCAAAGAUCGAGAAAAACAUGUUAUCAAAUUCAUAAAAAUCAUGAAACAUUUACGAAAAAUGAAUAAUUAUAAUUCCUACUUGGCAUUAUUGUCAGCAUUAGACUCUGCACCAAUUAGAAGACUUGAGUGGCAAAAAACAAUUACUGAAGGCUUAAAGGAAUAUUGUACAUUAAUAGAUUCCAGUUCAAGUUUCAGGGCAUAUCGCCAGGCAUUGGCAGAAACAACUUCUCCCUGUAUACCUUAUAUUGGGCUUGUACUACAGGAUUUGACAUUUGUACAUGUUGGGAAUCCGGAUUAUUUGAAGGAAGGUGUUAUUAAUUUUUCUAAAAGAUGGCAACAAUAUAAUAUAAUUGAUAAUAUGAAGAGAUUCAAAAAAUGUACUUAUCCAUUUCGUCGUAAUGAACGUAUAAUUCGCUUUUUUGAAAAUUUCGAGAACUUUUUAGGUGAAGAGGAAAUGUGGCAAAUUUCAGAAACUAUAAAACCACGUUGCAAAAGACCAACACGCAGUUAAAUAAUGUUAAAAAGCAGUUAUUGUUUAAUUUAAGAGCUCUUAUAUGAAUAGAAAAAAAUCUAUAUACACUUUUAACUUAUUUAAGUUUGCAGUUUCCUACUAACAUUAUUACAAUCAAAUAAUUAUAUUAAUUAAAUAUAAAUGGUACUAUACUAAAUAAUUAAUCGAACAUUACACACAACGAAAGAUGCAACUUUUUUUGCAAAAUAUGAAGGACCUAUCAGAACAAAGAAGAGUCAUUAUUUUAAACUUACCAAAGCAAUGGAAUAAAAUUCAAGUGAAGUUUACUAAGAUACCGAAUAAAUUAAUAUAUAAUUGCAUAGAGAAUUUUUAAACGAAUAUUUAAUAAUUCAUGCUAUAUGAAGUUCAAAUACUUUUGCUUCUUAUGAGUUUAUGAGUGCUGAUUUUUCAAGUUUAAAGUUAGAUAAUUUUAAACUCAUAAAUAAUUUAUUUUAAUUAUUAUUUAAACAUGCAGCUCAAUAUGAUUUUCUAAAUUUUAUUGUUUUUAAUUUGUAAAUAUUAUAUUAUACAAUUAUUUUUAAUUAAUGUAUGUCUAUAUAUGUUUCUAAAACAAUGAAGCAUACUACUUUUAUGUAUUUCAAUACAUAGUAUAAAGACUGUCUUAGAAUAACGCAUUAUAAAGAUAUAUUAUGGCAUAUUAAUAGUUAAAUAAGCCACACAUUUUAAUAAAAACUAUAAUCUUUACUAUACAACUUGAUAAAUUAGUUACAUAUAUGUAUAAAAUUUCAUGAACUAUGUAAUAAUAAUUUUGUAAAAUAUCGAUAAGUUUUUAUGUAUCAGUUUAAAUUUAUGUUAAAAAAGAUUAAAAAUUCAUUGAAGUUAAUAAGUAAUAUUAUUGGAAGGUUUAUAUAACUAACAUAUUAUUAUUGGAUUUUUCUUUUAAAACAGUAGUAACUAAUUUUCAACUAACAAAUUUCUUAAGUCAAACUAAGUUAUUUGUAGUCUUGUUAUUUGUAGUUUUUAAAAUAAAUGUUAUUAUUUAAUCUGUAAUUUAAUUAAAAAAA